UCGUGAUGACACGUGGCUACCAAACAAUGUUGUAAUACUCGACGAUUAUAUAUAGGAUAGACUCCUGCGUCUUUUUAUCAACGAAAUACAAUAGAAAUAAGAACAACUAAGGCUCAGUUUCUCAGACAUAACUCAAAGAUCUUUCUACAUAUGGGUUCUUUAGACUUGUCCCACGCUUCAUCUUUCAAGGGAGGAAGUGAAACAUUUCUUCGGAAUGUGUUUGAGAAUAUACUGAAGACGUAUCUGAGGAAGAACCCAACGGUGAAGAACAUAUGGGAGCUUGUUCAGUCAGUGGACAACGAGAAGGUCUGCUAUGAUCACUUCACUUUCCAGACGUUAAAGGUGGAGGGUUACGGAAUAGAAUCCUUAACGAGCUUCUUCAUGGAUUAUGGAUAUAAAGCUGAAGGUGGGCUUGAUUUUCCAACGAAGAAACUAAGAGUUCUCACGUUUUCUCCUCCGGAUAUUUACGUCCCCGAUGAUGGUCAUGGUCUAGGCAAUGGCCCUUUGCCACGACUUGUUAUAGCAGAGCUUCUUGUGGACGAACUAAGUCCUGAAUCACAGGAGAUAAUAAGGAAGUAUCUUAAACCGCAAGGAGGUAAACAAGCGGUUCUUUCAAGUACUUUGGGGUCUUUAAUUUGGGAGAAGCCAACAUCCACAGACUUCCAGCAACUUGCCAAAGAGAGUGAAUUCGCGGCAUGGGUACUUAUCCACGGCUACGUGAUGAACCAUCUUGCAUUUUCUGUUCAUCGACUCAAACACCAAUUCAGUGACAUCAAAAGCAUCAAGAAUUAUCUAGAAGAAAAGAGAUUCGAACUCAACAACGACGGAGGAAUUCUCAAAGUGAGUCAAGAUGGUCUACUAUUACAACUGUCAUCCAUCUCGGAGAAGAUUACCGUUGAAUUUGCAGAUGAGGUUACUGAAACAAUCCCAGCUUCAUAUAUUGAGUUCACUCAACGUUUGGUUCUUCCAGAGUUCAAAAAUCUGCCUCAUAACCAGAUUAAAGAGUUCCAUAGACGCGAUGGAUUUGAUUUGGGUAACGCAACAAAUAUUUUGGAAAGCGCCCGUUUCACCUCAGAUGUUUAGAAUCCGUUUGGUCCAAUCCUGCUUUUAAUAAAAACCAAUAAUAAGCAUAUGGGUUUGUAAUGCAAAAAGUGUAGUCAAUGUGUGUGUAUUGUGGUAAGUGUGUCCUUUUCCAAAAGACUUGUCUGGUGUGGAUUGACGCUUACAUACCAGUACUAGACUAUUUCAUGGUAUAUGUAGUUUAAAGAUUUUUUAAACAUUCAUAAAAGAAUUUAAGUUUCCAGUGA